AUGGCCCAUGCGGGAGACUGCAAGCAGAUGCCCUGGCUCCCUGUCCUGGUGGUGUCACUGCUGUGUUCAGCCAGAGCAGAAUACUCCAACUGCGGAGAGAAUGAGUACUACAACCAGACCACGGGACUGUGCCACGAGUGUCCCCAGUGUGGCCCGGGAGAGGAGCCCUACCUGUCCUGUGGUUAUGGCACCAAAGAUGAGGACUAUGGCUGCGUCCCCUGCCCAGCGGAGAAGUUUUCCAAAGGAGGCUACCAGAUAUGCAGGCGUCACAAAGACUGUGAGGGCUUCUUCCGGGCCACCGUGCUGACACCAGGGGACAUGGAGAAUGAUGCUGAGUGCGGGCCGUGUCUUCCUGGCUACUACAUGUUGGAAAAUAGACCCAGGAACAUCUACGGCAUGGUCUGCUACUCCUGCCUCCUGGCACCCCCUAACACCAAGGAAUGUACAGGAGCCAGCUCCGGAGUCUCUGCCAACUUCCCCAGCACCUCUGGCAGCAGCACCCUCUCUCCUUUCCAGCACGCCCACAAAGAGCUCUCAGGCCAAGGGCACCUGGCCACAGCCCUGAUCAUUGCCAUGUCCACCAUCUUCAUCAUGGCCAUAGCCAUUGUCCUCAUCAUCAUGUUCUACAUCAUGAAGACGAAGCCUUCAGCCCCAGCAUGCUGCACCAGCCACCCAGUGAAGAGUGUGGAAGCCCAAGUGAGCAAGGAAGAGGAGAAGAAAGAGGCCCAAGACAGCGUGGUGAUUUUCUCCGAGAAGGAUGAAUUUGAGAAGCUGACUGCAGCUCCAGCCAAGACUGCCAAGAGCGAGAAUGACGCAUCAUCGGAGAAUGAGCAGCUGCUAAGCCGGAGCAUGGACAGUGAUGAGGAGCCUGCCACUGACAAGCAGGGCUCCCCAGAGCUGUGCCUGUUGUCGCUGGUUCACCUGGCCCGGGAGAAGUCGGCAGCCACCAAGUCAGCCGGGAUUCAAAGUCGAAGGAAAAAGAUAUUGGAUGUGUAUGCCAAUGUGUGUGGAGUUGUUGAAGGUCUCAGCCCCACAGAGCUGCCAUUUGACUGCCUUGAGAAGACAAGCCGAAUGCUCAGUUCCACGUACAACUCCGAGAAGGCUGUUGUGAAAACAUGGCGCCACCUUGCCGAGAGCUUUGGACUCAAGAGGGAUGAGAUUGGGGGCAUGACAGAUGGCAUGCAGCUCUUUGAUCGCAUCAGCACAGCAGGCUACAGCAUCCCAGAGCUGCUCACAAAACUGGUGCAGAUUGAACGGCUGGAUGCUGUGGAGUCCUUGUGUGCAGACAUACUGGAGUGGGCUGGGCUUGUGCCACCUGCCUCCCAGCCACCCACUACAUCCUGA